ACCUGAUACGACUGAGGUGUACCAGGUCAUGUCGAGAUAAGAUUUUUGGUUAUGGUGUCCAACUCCAUCAAAAUGGCGUUUGUUCGCACAAAACGUCAUUUGGCGACAAACUCGAUCAAAAUGGCGUUUAUUCGCACAAAACUUUAUUUGGCGUUAGUGGUUUCUUCGUUGUAUCCAUUCUUGUACCCAAAUAAUUUACGAGAUACUCGCAUGACGCGAAAUAAGAUGGGUCGAUUUACAAGAUCUCGAGUAAAUUACAUUAUUAAUGCUCUUUUGAAGUAACAUCCCACGUAAAAACACACAUGGACGGCUACG